CUUGGUGAAUGUAUACAUAAUACGCACCACGGCAAUGGGUUGAUUGGAACCUGUAGCGUCAUUUCUUUUGGGCGUUGCUAUUCUACUACUAGGUUGUUUUUGUCCUAGUCUAAUGUUCAGAUCCCAAAGCCUAGAAGUCUGCAAGGUACAAGAUUGAUUUGGCUGAAGAGAUAGCCAUCCAGCCACAAGGAAGUAUUGAAUCCAAUGCCGAUCGCCCGUCAAGUAACGGACAAUGAUCCCUUGUGCCAGUAGUUGAAGGAGCUUCUUUUGAUAAUCGUUCAUGUGGACUUUCCUUUCACACGAAGAUCUUACACUCAGUGAUGCUGGGCACUCUCAAUAACCGAGAACAUAAACCUAAAGCCCAGAAUUCCUGACCUCUAUGAUGUAUAGAGUUUAUGAUUUUGUGGUAUGGUACAGAACGGUACAUGCGUUUCCUACAAUCGAUGCUACCCUCUUCCCGCACGGCCUAAUCUUUCCACUCACCAUGGGACGAUUCCUGUCAGUCCGUGUUCCUACUUCUGGAGGCUACUAUACUCAGGGAAGACAAGUUUUCUAAACAAGCAAUGAUGGUUAGAUACAUCGCGGAAAAGCGGCUGAAGACCCCUAUAGUGUUGGAUGCAAGCUCCACCUAGAAGCUAACGAUAUACUUCUGUUCUAGAAUUGAUAAGUAAUCUGACCACCAUUCUUCGUAUCCUGGUGGCUUGAUACGCUGGAAGCAUCGAGAAUGUAGACCUGCAAGUGGCGUGAUCCCGUGGGUGGAUUGAUGAUAGUAGAAGUCAUAUAAGGUAUCAUGGCACGUCUUAAGUUCAGUGGAUUCUACAAUGGGCGAAAGGUGAGAAGGCCAG